AUGGUGGUACGCCUGCGCUUGGCAAGGCACGGCACGCGUAACAACCCAUUCUAUCAUAUUGUUGCUAUCCAGAAUACCAAGGCUCGAGAUGCUCGUCCUAUCGAGAAGCUAGGUGAAUAUGACCCUGUCCCUCGGCCUGUGCGCCCAGCGGUAGCAACACCUUCGCGUGUACGAUCAGAAAAUCGGCCCGGAUAUAAUGGCGAGGUUAUCUCGUCGGGUAUUGUACGGGAAGUUAAGCUGGAGAAGCGCUUGGAGUGGAACGAGGAGCGUAUCAAGUACUGGCUGGGGACUGGCGCGCAGCCCAGCAAGCCUGUGGCUCGUCUUCUUGACAGGGCAGGCCUGAUUCCGCCAGAAAAACGUGCCCUGUACAAGGGCCUGUAUCGUCCACCUGUUGAGUCAGAUCUUGCAACUGAUAGUGUAGCGUCGACCUGA